GGAAGGGUGGGCGGGGCCGCGCGCCCGCCAUGCUGAUCACGCUGUGCUACCUUUACCUGUGGGCGCGCUGGGGGCCGCGCUCGGCCGCGCUCGUCCGCAGCACCGUGAGGAGACUGCACCGCUCCCGCUGCUCCUUCACCUUCUGCGCCCGGCAGCCGCAGCCCGAGGAGCGCGUCUGCCUCCGCAUCGGCGGAAAGGUGUUCUACACCGGCGAGGCGCAGUUCCUUGAUGACUUGAACAGGUGGAGUGUGCUUCUCGUUUCUCCCUUUAUUCAUCCUGAGAAGUUGCUGCCAGCAGAACACAUCGCUUUUGUGACAGAAAGCGUUUCUGCUCAGACAGAGAACUUGCAGAAAGGACCUGACUCUUCAAAGGAGAUUGUGAAGUGGUCAGACUUUUGUUCACCCUUGGCCUAUAAACCUGGUGAACCUUUUAAGUUAAUUGCUGAAGCCAGUGUAGAUAAUUUCAGUAGCCUUGGAAUAGCCUUCCUGGAAGACAGGCUGCAGAUGGAUAACGGGAUGGUGCCACACAGGAUUGUUUCUGUCCAUUUAGAGGAAUCUGCUCUGAAGCAGUUGGCACAGGAGGCACCAUCGGUGAAAGAGAAAAGCACAGACAUGGAUGCAGUAACUCCUGCUGGGAAAUCAGGAUUAGCACGAGGUGAGGAGGAGAAAUCCAAGCUGGAAGAAGAAAGGGAGCAUGAGGACACAGGAGUUGGGGAGCAUCACCACUUGCACCUUUCCAGCUGCCACGAGUGUCUGCAGCUUGAAAACAGCACCAUUGAAUCGGUGAAAUUCGCCUCUGCAGAAAACAUUCCCGAGCUUCCCGAUGAUUGCAGCAGCAGAACGGAGGAGAAGGAGGAUGAACAGCUGGAAAAAGGAAUGAAAAGAAUAAACCUCACUGGGAAACCCCCUAAUAUAUUGAUUUACCUGGGCUCUGAGGCUGCCAAAGAGAGGUUUGAGCAGGUGAAGUCAGUCCUCAGGGAAUGCAUCGAUGCUGAGAGCUACACCAUCUACCAGCUGCACCAGGAGCGAGUGCUCAGGGAUCCCUGGAUUGACAACUCCCUGCUGCUGGUCAUUGCCACAGAGGAGCCCAUUCCUGAGGGCAGCCACAAGCAAUUUAUGAAAUUUCUGUCCAAAGGGGGGAAGAUUCUUGGGUUUUCUUCGUCCUUCACCUUUGGGGGCGUGCAGAUAAAGCACAAAAACAAACUGAGGAAGGCUGUGCAUGAGCUGCUGGUCUCUAAAAAGGACAGCACCGAGGUGAAGCUGAACCUCCUGGUCAGUGGCUGUGUUUUUGAGGAAGGGAUGAAGGGAGAUGCCAGCAGAGUGAAGGUGUUGAGUCGAUUAAAUAAUGCUGAUAAAGACAUGGUUAUUGUGCAUCUGCCUCAUGGGAGCAGUGGAGGAGAAGCCAUCCUUUCCCAGGCCCAUUUGGAGCUGCACAGCAAUUCCCUGGAUGUGCAAACUGAAGAGGAUUUUAAUUUGCUCAAGUUGAGCAAUUCCAAGAGAUAUGAAGUUCUCAAGGAGAUCCUGACUUGCCUUGGGCUGAGCUGUGAAAAGAGUGAAAUUCCUGUGUUAACACCCAUUUAUCUGCUCUCUCCAGACGAGGAAAUCCAUCUCGCUUUCCUGAAGUGGCUGGAGGGGAACGUGGAUGCUGAGGGAUUAAGGGCAUCCAGCAAGGUGUCUCUGAAAUUUGUUUCCUCCUGUGAGUCCAAAGUGGAAGUGACUCCGUCCCUGAUGCCGGUGAUCACGGAGAUGGGGAGUUUCUCCUCAGAACAUUUCAGCCUGAAGAACUACCAGCAGCAUUUGCAAACCAAGAAGCUGGGAAAGAUCCUUCUUUUCACUGAGGUGACCACCACGACCAUGAAUCUUCUGGAUGGGUUAAUGUUCGACUUGCCUGAGGAGAUGGGUUUAAUAGCAGUGGCUGUUCGACAAACACAAGGGAAAGGUCGUGGUGGAAACGUUUGGCUCAGUCCCAUGGGCUGUGCCCUGUCCACUCUGCACAUCUCCAUCCCUCUACAUUCCAACCUAGGCCAGAGAAUUCCUUUUAUCCAGCACCUGGUGUCCUUGGCAGUGGUAGAGGCAGUCAGAUCCAUACCAGGGUAUGAGGACAUCGAGCUGCGAGUGAAAUGGCCCAAUGAUAUUUACUACAGCGAUCUGAUGAAGCUCGGUGGAGUUCUGGUAAACUCAACACUCAUUGAAACAACAUUUCAUAUUCUCAUUGGCUUUGGAUUUAAUGUGAAUAACAGCAACCCCACCAUCUGCAUCAAUGACCUCAUUGCAAAGUUUAACAGGGAAGAGGGGACAGAGCUGAAGCCUCUGAGUGCAGAUUGUCUCAUUGCAAGGACUGUGACUGUGCUGGAGAGGCUCAUCGAGAUUUUUCAGGAGAAGGGGCCCAAUGGAGUUCUUCCCCAGUACUACAAGUAUUGGGUACACAGCGGGAAGCAGGUCCGGCUCCACCACGAGGAGGGCCCGGUGGCCUGGAUUGUUGGGAUUGAUGACUUUGGAUACCUCCAGGUGCAUGAGGAGGGCAAAGGCGUGGAGUCUGUGCACCCUGAUGGCAACUCCUUUGACAUGCUGAGGAACCUCAUCGUCCCCAAGCACUGACAGAGCCCACAGGGACCUCCUGCCCUGGCCACUGUCACCCCAAGGUGACGGGGGUAACCCAAAGUUUCAUUUUUCCUCCUGAUUUUCUGCUUUGUGUUUGCCAUGGGUGACUUCAGCAGCUGAAAAGAGGUGGUGAUCUCACAGCUGAAGGCUUUUAUUCUUUUAGUUAAACUUUAAAACACACCUCUGUUGCCAUUCUUUUUAAGGAUCUGUUCUUUGCAAGGAGACUGAUUGCCAAGAAAUAUUUGUAGUGAACAGAACUUUCUCUUCAUUUACACCUUACACUGGAGAGACUGAAGUGGCUCAAUAUUUCCUUUUUUUUGUUUGUUUCUGUGUGAUUUGGCACAGUGAAGGACAGUAUUUUACUUUUUUACUUCGUGUUUUUUUUAAACUAAAUUCUGUUUUUCUGUGUUGUCUGCACUAAAACCAGCUGGAACAUGACAUAUUCCUGAAUUGCUGGGAUCACCACUGUGCUUAAUUCCAGGUCUGAGUGAAGAUCCUUGCUGAUUUGGUUCUUCUCUGUGUAGACCUCUACAAUAAUUUACCAACCUGUGCUUUGAUCUCAGGUCUGCAACUCUUAAUGGCUGCCUUGAGUUUUUGGGAGAGUUUUCCAUCAGCACUUAGGAGCUGAGCUUGGUUAUCCAAGGGAUUUGCAUUCUGCUCUCCCCAGUCAGUUUUAUCUGAGUAAAGCAGCUCAUCUGUGCUUUAAAUCACAAUUUUCCAAGAGGUUUCAGCCCCUGGAAGAAAAUCCCACUGGAGUAAUGUCACACCCAGGUUAUUGUAGAAUCCCAUCUCAGGGGAUGGAACCUCUAAUUAAUUUAGAAUUUAGUGGUAAUCAUAUCACCAUUUCAAUGAAGUUGAGUGAAUAAAUAAAGGGAAUAAAUCGAAUUCCCUGCUGCAAACAACUGCUCCAGUGAAAAAGAGAAAUCACACCAUUCCCCUGUGUCCAGAUUCUCCUCUGUAGCUCUGUUGUCACCUCCCUUUCCCAAGCCAAUGUCUGCUUUUGCUGCUAAGCACUAAAAGCAAGAGCUUUAACACCUGCUGGCCUGAAAGCAGCUCGUUUUUGGGGCUGUCUGCACAUUUCCAGGUGAGGGAACAGCCUGGGAAUUCUCCUGGAGCAGCCACGAGGGAGCUUGGUGGGGUUUCCUCCCUCCCAAGGAGACUUGGCCACCACAGCCCCUCAAAUAAUUCUGAGCCAAGCAGGUUUGUCCCAGGUGUGAUGUGGCCACCUUAAUUUCUUCUCUUCGUGGUGGAUCAGCCAGAUUGGUUUCCAGAAAGGAAACCAAUUUCUGCUAGCCAGAAAUGGGGUUUUUAGGUUAAAGUUCACCUCAUUAACAAUCCAAACAUUUUAGAUUGUUUCAGCUCCAAAGCCAGGAAGUCUUAAAACAAGGAAACUUGUCUGUAAUGGUAAUUUUGACCAAUCCUCACAUUUUAGGGUUUAGGUGGUUUGGCAGCAAGAGUAGAAAUUAAAUUGUCCCUGUUAAAUGGAGGAUUUUAUGCUCCAUCUCACAGAAGAUUUGCCUGAUUGUCCAAACCCUGCUGGGGUUUUUUUUCACCCAUAAUCCAAAUCACAUAAGGCUGCACACCAGCAUCUCCUAGAGCUGCACACAAUUAAUUAUUAAUUACCAUCAUUGAAGUGAUACACCAAAUUCAGCUUUUUCCCACCAGAUGCUUUCAAAACUGCUUUGGGCUGAGAACCUUUGGCAGCUUUGAUAUCAGAAUUCAAUUUUAAUGCAUGUUGUAAUCAACUGGAACUCAAGUCUGGCUUAAUAAAGCCUCAACAAUAAGAAGAACCCAUAUAUUUAUAUAUAAUCUAUAAAAAAUGGGUGUGCACAUGCACACUCACAUCUUCCUGCUGCAUCCUCGUUUAUUUUCUGCCUUUUCCUUCAUGAGCAAACUGCAGCUGCAGGGAGGCAGAGCUCUGGUGCUGCUUUUGCAAGCACAGAGUUCUACAAAACUUCACCUUCACCCAGAAUUUGUAGCUAAAUCUGUCUCAGCUUUAGGGUUUGCCCUUAGGAAACACCUCUGGGUUUUGUUCAUGUUCCACCCAGGAAGUGCCUGGAGGGAUUGAACAGCCAGGUCGUGCCUCAGGCUGAGGUUUGAGUGGCUUCCUUCAAACUUCUCUUCAAACUUCCUUCAAACUUCCUUCUCCAGGGACAAAAAAAAGGUGAGGAAAAGGAUAAAACAUGGGAGUUUUGGAAGGGCAGGAUGAGUUUGUAAAGCUUCAGUGGCUGAGCAGCAGCAGAAGGAUUCUUUAACACCAAAAUGCUGCAGCGUUUCCUGGUUGCUGUUGGUUCUUUUGUAGCUGUGUUCAUGAUGAGCUGGUUCUGUUCUCACUUGGAGUUGUCAGGUUAUUCCCAACACUUUUGCCUUGGGAAGAAACUUGAGUGGAAUUUCCUUGCCCAAGCCUGGAUGUGCCAGAGCCCAGGGGGUGCUGUGGGAACCACUUUGCCUUUUCAGUGGCCUCUGCUGCUGUCUCAGCCUUCCAGCCUGGAUUUGGAUGAAGGAUUUGUUGCUUUCCCUUCAGAAGAAACCAAGACAAGGAGAAUUCCCAUGGGACCAGGAUAAAUUCCUUGUGGAUGAGUCCUUGGAGAAUCCCUGGCUGUGUCAGGUGGAUGGGAAGCACAAGAGUCCGACUCUGCCGAAGGCGGCGUGCCCAGAAAGCCGCAGCAUUUUUCGCAGGAAAAUCCUGUUUUUUCUUGUUCUCCGUGUGUGACAGACAAAUGUGGUGUGGGGUGUCCCUGGAUGUGGGGAUGGAGAGAUCCAGGCAGCUCCAGGCCCAGGAAUAACGCUCUGAAAAUGUUUCAUUUUGUUCAGCUGUCUGGAUUAGUAAAACACCUCUUCCAUUGCGAGGCUGAGCUCAUAUCUUAAACUAUUUUCUUGAUGAAGUGCUUUCAGAAAACUCAUUUAUUACGAUGUCCGGAUUUCUGGGACUUCAUUUUUUUAUUUUUUCCCCCCUGCUGGGGCUCUGGUAGAACAUUUCUCAUGGUGAAAACAUUUGUGGGGGUUGUUUAUUGAUAGGAAAACUCCUGGGUGUGUUGGCACGUGUGUGAGUCCGGGGUGGGUCGUGCCCAGUCAGUAACAAAGCUGCUUCCAAAGGUUUGAAAAAGUAAUAAUAAUGUAUUUCACAUUUCAGAGCCCAGCACAUCCUGCUUCUAGUAAAGCUUUUAUAAGACUUCAGAGCUUUUUUUUUAAAUAUAUCCAACAAAUCAAGGGCUAUUACCUGGAAAUAAUAUUAAAGUGUUUAAUUCUUUAUGCUGCUGCUUCACCGUGCAAAAAUUCGUUUCUUUGCUUCCUCUGAUUCAGCUGCAAUAAAAUUCCUUUUUUGCAACUCCUUUGGAAGUCUCUAUGAUCAAAAUAUCUGUCAUGGGAAAGAUUUGUGCUGGUUCCUGGGGGUAACUGCUUUGAGAAAAACAUUUGCAUGUUUAAGUGGUGCUGGGGAUGCGCUGCCUUGAUCAGACACCAAAGAAAUUAAAUCUGGGCCCAGGAAAGAGCAGAGGUCAAAAAAUGAUGGAGAAAAGAAAACUGCAGGGAAGAAUUGUCGAGUGUUGAGCAUCUCAUUCUGUGUUAUUUGCAUUUUCCAAGUGUCUUCAUUUAAAAUGCAACGUGGCAAAAAUACAAUAUAUUUUAAAAAAAAGUCUGUGUGUGUUUUAUAGCACAUUAAUUGUCAAUUAUAGAAUUGUGUCACAGCUUGAAAUAAAUUUUCAAAUAUG